AUGUCGUCCACGUUUGCCAUCAGUCCGUCAUUGUCGCGUCAUCCACUCACUCACUCAUUCACUCACUCAUAUACUCACUCCUUCACUCACUCACUCACUCACUCACUCACUCACUCACUCACUCACUCACUCACUCACUCACCUACUCAGUCACUCCUCCACUCACUCUCUCAUCACUCCUCCACUCACUCUCUCAGUCAUCCACUCACACACUCACUCACUCACUCACUCACUCACUCACUCACGCACUUACUCACUUUGCCUCUGGGAAAGCCCCAGAAACACAAAAACUGA